AUGGGAUUGGCGUUGGACACGAGGGGCCGUGUGCUUUACUUGACUGUGGGGAGCCAAAGCAGCGGUGAGCCAGCCCGCGCUCUGGUUGGCCCACGCCCCCAUGAGCGCCCGCCGGUGCUUGGGCCGUGGCUGCAGCGCCCAGCCCCCAGCCAGCGCUUGCCCGCCUGCCCGCUGCAGUCUUGGGCCCACGCCCCCAACCCCAACCCCCAACCCCCAACCCCAAGUCCCAAGCCCCAGUGCCCCCCCAGCCAGGCCAGCCUGCAGCGUGCAUGGCGCCGUGCUCACCUCGUCUACUACCUUACUCGUACCUCCCCCUGUACCUCGUCAGCCAGUUCUCUGCCACACGGUACUUUCCACAACUCUCAACAACCGGUCUGA